GGUGCUGGUCGCAUUUCUCAGUGAUCGAUCUCGCCGGCGAUGGAGAAGCUGCUCUCCUCGUCCGGCGGAGCCGCCGCGGCGUCGCAGGGCCAGCUCCCGGACUGCUUCGUGUUCCCGGCCGACCGGCGCCCGCCGGCCUCCUCCACGGCAGUGUCGCUCCCCGUCAUCGACCUCUCCGGCCCCCGCGACGACGUCCGCCGCGCCGUCCUCGAGGCCGGCAAGGAGCUCGGCUUCUUCCAGGUGGUGAACCACGGCGUGCCGGAGCAGGCGAUGCGGGACAUGGAGGCGGUGUGCGAGGAGUUCUUCGGGAUGCCGGCGGAGGAGAAGGCGGCGUUCUACUCGGACGCCGAGGACAAGCCCAACCGCCUCUUCUCCAGCACCAUCUACGAGGUCGGCGGCCAGCGCUACUGGCGCGACUGCCUCCGCCUCGCCUGCGGCUUCCCCGUCUCCGACGACACCAAGACCCACUGGCCCGACAAGCCCCACCGUCUCCGAGAGGUCGCCGAGAAAUUCUUCGUGCCGACGAGGAGAUUGGGGAUCGAGCUGCUGCGGCUGCUGUCCGAGGGGAUGGGGCUCAGGCCGGACUACUUCGAGGGGGACCUCACCGCCGGCGAUGUCAUCAUCAACGUCAACCACUACCCUCCCUGCCCGGACCCGAGCCUGACGCUGGGCUUGCCGCCGCACUGCGACCGCAACCUCAUCACCCUGCUCCUCCAGGGCGACGUCUUCGGCCUCCAGGUCUCCUACAAGGGCGACUGGAUCAACGUCGAGCCCGUCCCCAACGCCUUCGUCGUCAACUUCGGCCACCUCCUCGAGAUCGCGACGAACGGGGUGCUGAAGAGCAUCGAGCACAGGGCGAUGACGAACUCCGUGGUGGCGAGGACGUCGGUGGCGACGUUCAUGAUGCCGCCCAUGGACUGCCUCGUCGGCCCCGCGAGGGAGCUCGUCGGCGGCGGCAACCCGCCGCAGUACCGCGCCGUCACGUUCCGCGAGUUCAUGCGCAUCUACAAGACCGUCGGCGCUCGCCGCGAGAGCGUCGAGAAAGCCUUCAAGAUUUGAUCCCAUCCGCCACCUGAUCGCUUCUGACAGAGGCUGCCAUGGCGAAUAUAAAUCUACUGUAUUUUCACAAACACGAAGCUGAUUAGUGAUUGCUACUAAUGGAGAAGUGUUCAUCUGAAAUUGUGUCGUUGAUGCCCUAAUUAUACAUCGAUCUAGCUGUAAAAGCCUCGAGAAUACAUAUAUCUAUCAAAAUCUAAAUAAAAUGUGCACGAGAAUUUGUUGAACGAA